AUGAUGUUACAACUGACAGUGGCUGCUUUGAUUUUCGUAGUGAUGGUGGUGGCGAAAAAAUUGACGAUGAUGCUACAGCGGGAAGAUCCGAAGGGACACAACCGCUUUCUUAGAGAUGGAAGCCACGAGGAUUCCGAAGAAUUCAAGCCAGACAUGAUAGACAAACCUCAAUUCUUUUGCUCCACGCCUUUUAAUGUAUCCGGAGACGAUAAUCUCAGUGCAAUUGCUAGUCAUGGCGGUGGUGGUGGUAGAACGGGUCGUAGCGUAGAGGUAGGCCCUAGACAGGAGCAGGAAAGCGGUGGUGACACUGCCGGAGCAGGUGGUGGUAUCGGGAUCCGACGAGGUUCCAAUAAUAGUACUGAUGGUGGUGAAGCGGCAAUUCAAAUAUUGAGACAAGAAGCGGAAAUUCAAAGAUUGAAGCAGGAGCUGGCAUCGGUGGUUGUGAAGAUGAAGGUGAUGUUGAUUGUGGUGGGGGCGUUGGUGUCAGCGAUGAUUUACGCCUUGUAG